GAUAACUUUGAAACGACUGAUGCUACGUUGCUGCGAUCGAAGGUGGCGAUAGCCGCAAUGGUAGCGGAUGUGUGGGUGAAGUAAGAGGACUGGAAGUGGAGUAUUGAUUGAGAUAAUGGAAAAGCGAUAUUUUCCAAAUGUAAAUCAGCUGAAGUUCAAACAACAAGGAAUAGACUCUCAGAGUGACUCAGCUGAUUGCGAGACGCGCUUGGUAUGUCCUAGGACUCAGAGGCGCGCCACUGGGGUGUCCAGAUUCGUCUACACCGCUGUAUCUAAAGCGAUACACGAUGCACCUCCCACAAUAAAGCAGGUCCGGUUUUAGGAACAAGGAGAGAGUAAUGAAUGAGAGAAAAAGCGAAAGUGUGGAAGUGAUUUCGACUUUUCACCUGCGCUUCUGCAGGACUUGCCUUCACUCCCAGCCGAGAGCGUCGAUACCGAUACCAGAGGCUUGCUGUAAAGCGUGGAUUUGAGGAAUAAGAGAAGCGAUAAUUUAUUAAAAAAGGUGAUGAGGGAAUAAGGAAAAAGCGAGGUUUUAAUUCGUCAAAUAUCGCUUUUCUCGUCAACCCGUGAUCCAAUCCCAACUUUGUCUUUUGUUAUGAAUAGUUGGUAGUUGCGGACAGGAUCCGGUGAAGGGAUUCGAUAAUUCCGAUAAGAAUUGAUGGAAUGGGGUUAAAAGAAAAAUUUUGGAGUUGUAAUGAAGUGAUUGAAAUUUCCGAUUUUGAUUUUUGAUCUCCUGCUUUGACCGCUGCUCCGAUUUACGAUUUGAUUUCAGAUAUAGAUAGAGUACGGUGGAGAGGUG